AUGGCGCACGGAGGCUACGGCAAGCGCAGAGUUGCCGACCGCCAAGCGGCGGCCGGGAGGCGGCCGAAAUCCCUAGCUGUCGACAAGAAGCCCAAACCCAAAGCGAAGGCCGUUUCUCUCAAAAACCAAAUUCGAUCUAUUGAACGCAUGCUCCGCAAAGAUUUGCCACCUGAAGUCAAAAAAGCACAAGAGAAGAAGUUAGAAGAACUCAAGAAACAACAAGAGAUACACAACCAGCUGGCAGUGGAGCGUAAAAUAUUCUUGCGUAACAGAAAGAUAAAAUUUUUUGAGAGAAGAAAAAUAGAGCGAAGGAUAAGACGUUUGGAAAAACAGCAACGUGCUUCAUCUGGUCAAGCCCAGGAAACUGAUAUUACCCAGCAACUUUCUAAACUGAAAGAAGAUCUUGAAUAUGUUAGAUUCUUCCCGAAGACAGAGAAAUAUGUUUCAUUAUUUAUGGGAGGUGAUGAAACUGAGGUUGUAGAGAAAAGAAAUAAAUUGCGCAGACAGAUUAAGGACAAUCUAAUUAGCGCUGCAGCAAGUGGGAAGGAUCUGGAAGAGACUGGGAGUGAGGAUGAUGGGCUCUUGGAACUAAGUGAUGACGAUUUCUUCUUAAAUGGAAGCUCAAGUGAUGAUGCUGAAGCAGACGAUGAGUGGACAGAUAAAAGCACAAGGGAACAAGCUUCUAGUGCUUCUGGUAAAGCAACAUCCGGGAUGUCCAGUGAUGAAAGAACUCAGAGACAGAUUUCGGCUCGUGCUCUAAUGCCUCCUCCCGGACCAUCUUUCAAGUCAGUUCCUACUUCACUUAAAACUAAAGUCGGAGGAUCUUCAAGUAAGAAGGCAUACAUACGUAAAGCUGAUGUAUCAACAUCCAGCAACACAUCCAACAGCAUUGGUAGAUCUUCGUACAGAAAGAGAGGUCCUGUGGAGUCAAACACAGGCAACAGCGGUAAUCUAAGUUCCAACUCAGACGCUCGAAAACCCAGAAGAAAAAGGAGACCUAAGAAGAAAAAGCAACAAGUUGGGUAG